GGAGGAGGAGGAGGAGGAGCGGCCCCGCUCCGCUCCCGGCGAGCUCAACAAAGGGCGUCGGGGCAUGGCGGGGGCCGGGGCCGGGCCGCCCGCUUAGGGCCGGUGCGGGCCGGGAUGGCGGCGCAGGGCGGCGGGUGGCGGUGGGCGCUGGCGCUGGGUAUGGCGCUGGCCUUGGGCGGCCGCCGCUGCCCCGCCGCCCCUUUCCUCAACUCCUCGGCCGUUCCCGAGCGUUGCCGCCGCCCGGCGCCCUGCGAACGGCUCCGGUACGGUGCCUGCUUGGGCUCGGCCCUGCCCUACGCCGCCACCUCCACGCUGCUGGCUGCCGACUCCGCCUCGCAGGAGGAGGCUCACGGAAAGCUCCUGCUCUGGUCCGGCCUGCGCAACGCCCCGCGCUGCUGGGACGUCAUCCAGCCCCUGCUCUGCGCCGUCUACAUGCCCAAGUGCGAGGACGGGCAGGUGGAGCUGCCCAGCCAGACCCUCUGCCAGGCCACCCGGGCGCCAUGCACCAUCGUGGAGCGCGAGCGCGGCUGGCCCGACUUCCUCAAGUGCACACCUGACCGCUUCCCCGAGGGAUGCCCGAACGAAGUGCAGAACAUCAAGUUCAACAGCUCGGGGCAGUGCGAGGCGCCGCUGGUGCGGACGGACAACCCCAAGAGCUGGUAUGAGGACGUGGAGGGUUGUGGCAUCCAGUGCCAGAACCCGCUUUUCACCGAGAAGGAGCACCGAGAGAUGCACGUCUACAUCGCUGCCUUCAGCUCCGUCACCAUCUUCUGCACCUUCUUCACCCUGGCCACAUUCGUCGCUGACUGGAGGAACUCCAACCGCUACCCUGCCGUCAUCCUCUUCUACGUCAACGCCUGCUUCUUCGUGGGCAGCAUCGGCUGGUUGGCGCAGUUCAUGGAUGGCGCCCGCGACGAGAUCGUGUGCCGGGCUGAUGGCACCAUGCGGCUGGGGGAGCCCACCUCCAACGAGACGCUCUCUUGCGUCAUCAUCUUCGUCAUCGUUUACUACUCACUGAUGUCGGGUGUCAUCUGGUUCGUCAUGCUGACCUACGCCUGGCACACCUCCUUCAAGGCGCUGGGCACCACCUACCAGCCACUGCUGGGCAAGACCUCCUACUUCCACCUCAUCACCUGGUCCAUCCCCUUCGUCCUCACUGUGGCCAUCCUGGCCGUGGCGCAGGUGGAUGGUGACUCUGUCAGCGGCAUCUGCUUCGUGGGGUACAAGAACUACCGCUACCGAGCUGGCUUCGUCCUGGCACCCAUCGGGCUCGUCCUCAUCGUGGGGGGCUAUUUCCUCAUACGGGGGGUCAUGACACUCUUCUCCAUCAAGAGCAACCACCCCGGGCUGCUGAGCGAGAAGGCGGCCAGCAAGAUCAACGAGACCAUGCUGCGGCUGGGCAUCUUUGGCUUCUUGGCCUUCGGCUUCGUCUUCAUCACGUUUGGCUGCCACUUCUAUGACUUCUUCAACCAGGCGGAGUGGGAGCGCAGCUUUCGGGAAUACGUCCUGUGCGAGGCCAACGUGACCAUCGCCACGCAGACCAACAAGCCCAUCCCAGACUGCGAGAUCAAGAACCGGCCGAGCCUGCUGGUGGAGAAGAUCAACCUCUUCGCCAUGUUCGGCACCGGCGUCUCCAUGAGCACCUGGGUCUGGACCAAGGCCACCUUGCUCAUCUGGAAGCGCACCUGGUGCAGGCUGACGGGGCAGAGCGAUGACCAGCCCAAGAGGAUCAAGAAGAGCAAGAUGAUCGCGAAAGCCUUCUCCAAGCGCAAGGAGCUGCUGCGUGACCCAGGCCAGGAGUUGUCCUUCAGCAUGCACACCGUCUCGCACGAUGGCCCCGUGGCCGGUUUAGCGUUUGACAUCAACGAGCCGUCGGCCGAUGUGUCCUCAGCGUGGGCCCAGCACGUCACCAAGAUGGUGGCCAGGCGAGGGGCUAUCCUGCCCCAGGACGUCUCCGUGACACCUGUGGCGACACCUGUGCCACCGGAGGAGAGGGCCAACCUCUGGGUGGUGGAGGCCGACGUCUCUCCCGAGCUGCAGAAGCGCAGUGCCCGCAAGAAGAAGCGGAGGAAGAAGAAGAAAGAGGUGUGCCCAGAUCCUGAGCGCUGCCUGGGGGGUCCCGCAGCCCCCCUGGCCCCCAGUGCCGUCCCUCGCCUGCCCCGGCUGCCCCCCCAGCCCUGCCUGGUCGCCUUCGCCCCCGACGUCCUCCCGGGGCUCCAGCCCGAAGCCGCCUUUGCUGGGGGGCCAUGGGAUGGGCGCCGCAGAGCCAACGUCUUCCACCUCAUCAGCAACCCCUUCUGCCCCGAGCGCGGGUCCCCGGAGGAGAGCCCUGGCCCCAGCAGCGGGCACCGGCAGCACAACGGGGGUCCGCUCUGGCCCCCCGACCCCGGCACCCUGCCCCGCGGUGGGGGGCCGAGGACUCAGGGCCAACGGGCCAGCUUGGCCCCCAUCCACUCACGGACCAACCUGGUGGACGCGGAGCUGCUGGAUGCCGAUUCGGACUUUUAAGCCCAGCGGGACAUUGCGAGGGGACAGGGGCACCUGGGGUGAGACCUGAAGCCUCGUCCAGCCUGCGAGGGGACCCCGAAGCCCACCCCAUCCCACCAGGGCCGGUCCCAAGCAUCCCUCCAUCCCGGCCACAGCCGAUUUCUCCUCUCGGAGGACGGUGUUUCUCCUCACAUCGCCCGAAAAGACUCGAUGCACAUCCCAGCCCAGCGAGAUGCCGUCAGAAGGGUUUUGGGAUCCCCCCCCCCCGGCAUCGCUGGGAGAAGAGAAACAGGGUGUCGGUGGAACAAAACCCACCCGGGUCCUGCAGGGAUUUAAGGACAAAGGGGACACUGCCUUUGCCGCCGAUGGGGACGGGAGUGGGUGGCCCGCCCCGGGACAGCGGUACCAGGCAGCGGGCGAACAUAGGUGAGGGUAGAUUUUGGGACCCGCUGACACCCCUCGCUCGCCCUCUGCCCCCACCCGUGGCUAGAUGGUACGUAGAGCUUACAAACACUUGUGCCAAUAGUUCGUUGUUGUUUUUUUUUUUAAAAAAAAUUUAAUCUUUGUAUAAUACACCAAGACGUGAUGGCCGAGCGCGGCCUCCGCUCGGGUGCUGCGGCCGAGAGCAGGAUGCGCUGACCCCCACCUUCACAGGGCGGCGGCAGCAGCAUCCCUGGGGUGCACCCAUUUUUUUGGGGUGCACCCCUAUUUCUUCAGGGGUCCCAAAGUGCCUUCCAGCUCCCCCAGAGAGCUGAACCAGACCCAAACCGCAGGGCUGGUGGGACGGCCGUCCCCUGCCACAGGAGAUGAGGAGCUGCCUCGGGGUGCACGGGCGCUCCCCAAGCCACGAUGCAAAAAAAAAAAACCAACAAAACUUUAAAAUCCCAGGGUGCGCAAGGCGAGCCGGGGUGGCCUUUGCUGUCUGGGUGCACCAACCCCCUUGAGCAAAGUUUUUUAUUUUUUAUUUUUUUAUUUUUAAGGAAAAAAACCCCAAGUUCCAGCAAACCCGGCCGAGCCCCGAGGUAGGACUCCAGUCCCUGCUGGUGUUUUGUAUCCAUUAUCCCUGUACACAUCUUUAGUAAAUCCUGGUAGGCUCCUGGCUUUCUCGCUAUCCCGGUGACCUCCACGGGUUAAUUUUUGCUGUGUAAAGGAAAAAAAAAAACCUCCUGUAUCAGUAUUAAAUUUGCCAAGUUUCCAUUGC